AUGGCUUCCACUUACAAGCAGUUCCUGGCCUCGCCCAGCUCGUCGCUGCUGGCCGACAAUGCCUCUCUUCACUAUGUGACCACGCUCACGUCUUUCGUCGGCGCCACUGAGAUCAUCAAGCACCUCAACACCCUGCAGAAGCAGGUCAAGAAGAAGAAGGAGGACGUCCUCAGCCUGAUUGACGGCCAAAAUGUCAUUGCUGUCGAGGUCGAUACUUGUAUCGAGUUCGUCACCAGCGGCGGGGCCUACCUGCCAGGUCUCGACGACAACUUCCUCUCCGAUCGCGAGGCUUUUCUGCCCAUUAUGCAUAUCGUGUCGUUCGAUGACGAUGGCAAGAUUGUCCAAAUCCGCCAGCAGUGGGACCAAGGUUCGCUUCUCAAGCAGAUGGAGAUCAUCGGGAAAAGCGGACGCAACUGGCCUAUCAGGGAUGGCAAGGAGCAGGUCAGACUGAUUGAAUCUUGUGUCAAGUCGUCCGGUUUUGCUGCCCCUGCUCAAGCUCAAGCUCCGGCUCAAAGCAGCAACGGCCAUAACAAGAACCGCAACAGCUCGACCAACAUUAUGCGCGACCCUCAUGCUUCUCUGCAUCUCUUUGGUUCUAGAGAAGAGGCUGAGAAUGCCGAGCCUGCGGGUGUUGUCUCUCCCUAUGCUGGCGCGAAGCCCAAGCAGCGUGCCUUUACCGACAUUUUGACCGACGAACCCCAGCACUGGGAUGACCACCAAAGACGCUCGAUGUCGCCCCACAAGAUGAAUGCCGGCAAGAAUGUGCAGCCCAUUCGCAUUUUCGAAGGACAACAGCACCCCGAGGAUGACUCUGAGGAUGACGAAAAGCCUGAGAGAUACAUUCGCGCCCAUCCGGCGAAAUACCAGCACUUCGCUUUGGCCGAUGGUUCUGAAGAGAGUGAAGGUACUCAAGCGAGCCAAGUCAGUGCAGCAAAGCCCGCCGCUAAGGCCCCGAGACCCAAGUCUAAGCAUGACAGCACUUGGUCCUUUGACGACUUCACCACCCCUGUCAAAUCGAAGCCCGGCCGUGGACAAGGAACUAACCCCGAUGCGCGCAACUGGGAUGCAGGGGAGACUUCUGAGCCAGUCAAGGCCCCGGUUGGAAAGGCCCGACGCGAUGCUGAGACCCAUUUCGAGUUGCAGGAUGACGGUGAACUUCCUCCCGAAGAGCGACGCAUCGCCAUUAGAACCAGGGGCGCGGUUCGCAACGAGAACACUAAGAACAAUGUCUUUGAACGGGAAGCGGAAGAUCCUUCCAACCGUCCCCUUGGCAACAUCACCAAUGUCAGCAAGGACCGGGGCAAGGAUUUCGAUCCUCACUUCACCAUGACGGACGAUGCUCCCGCUCCCGCUGCGGAGCGCCAGCCCGUUCCCGAACACCGCCAGAAGGCCGUCAAGACGAUGAACGCGAACUGGUCCCUUACGGACGAAUCACCCGCCGUGCAGAAGGAAAACAAGCCAGUCGGCAAGUCGCCGCAGCCCGAUACCAAGAUCCACAUUGCCGGCGACGGCAUGGGAGGCAAGAAGGGUGCCCAGCGAGACUUUUUGUAUGGAGGCGAGGACCCAACCAGCUCCAAGAUUCACAUUGCCGGCGAUGGCAUGGGAGGCAGGCAGGGCACCCGCAGGGACUUUUUGUUUGGAGGUGACGACGAGCCCGAGCCGCCCAAAAUUUCUCGAAAAGGAGGAGCCCCCCAGGGCGCACAGAGGAGCAACUUCUGGAACCAGUAA